GACGUUCCCGGUUUCCCGCCCUCCCGGAGCAGUAGAGCCGCGGUCCUCCGGGCCGCGCAGUCCGCCGCUAUCCCAGAGUGCCCCGCGGCCCCGGCGCGCGGGGAGGCAGCGGCAGCCAUGGCGUACCGCGGGCAGGGCCAGAAGGUGCAGAAGGUGAUGGUGCAGCCCAUCAACCUGAUCUUCCGAUACCUGCAAAACAGAUCCAGGAUCCAGGUGUGGCUCUAUGAGCAGGUGAACAUGAGGAUAGAAGGCUGCAUCAUUGGCUUUGAUGAGUACAUGAACCUGGUGCUGGAUGAUGCAGAGGAGAUUCACUCCAAAACAAAGUCCAGGAAGCAGCUGGGUCGGAUCAUGCUGAAAGGGGACAACAUCACCCUGCUCCAAAGUGUUUCCAACUAGGAUUUGCUCUUCACAACAGUGGCUGGAAUGCUCUGGAGUGACUGAAGUGUCAGUGGGAGCAGGACUGGGCAGUGGGGAGGGAGCUGUGAUAACUGGGGCUGUGUCAGGGGUGGGAACUGCCCCUUCCUCUGGGGCGGAUUUUUUUUGUAGUUUGAUGUAUUUCGCAAAUAAACAUUUUUCACCUUAUCUGUAAA